AUAGUGUUGGGCCCAGUCUACGUGAAUCGAGUGUUAGCCACACAUCCAACAUGUGACAUGACAUGAUGUGUGAAACCGCCCCCAUCAUGUUUAUAGGUCCAAACAAAUAAAACACUUCCAACCACAUUAUGUCAUCCGGGACCGAGAUCCUAUUUCAUUGUCCCUUUUUUAGCUUAUCCUAUUUCAUUGUCAUGGAUCGAGCAUGUUACAAUUAUAGCAGCUACCUAGCCACGUAAACCCGGCAACUCCUAGCAAUGAGACACGUUUCCGACACUCUACACGUGGCAAACUUGCAGAGCAAGAGAUAAAACAUGAUAAAAGGACACACGCAGAAGCCAAGAGAAACCGAAGCAAAUCAAUUCUAACUCACGUAAACGAGAAAAAUCGAUAUUCGUAAUGGAGAGUACGCAAGAGCAGCAGCAGAACAGGAAGCCAGCUGCUGGGGCUAGCGAAGCCAAGGGGAAGAUAGAGGAAGGGUUGCCAAUGAAGGACAGUCCGUACCUGCAGUACGAUGACUUGGAGGAUUACAAGCGUCAGGCCUAUGGAACGGAAGGCCAUCUCCAGGUGGAGCCCGGCCGAGGCGCCGGGUCCACCGAGGGCCCCACUGUUUCUGGCGCCAAUGUCUCCUUUCAGGGUGAUCUCUCCGCCACCGAAGCUAUUAACCGCCAAGGAGUUCCUUAAUUAGUUUUAUUUUUAUUUUUCUUCAUAUAUAUAUAUAUAGAGUAUGUAUUGGAGUGGUGUAUCAUAUUGGUAUAGCUACAUAUAUAUACAUACAUAGCAGACAAAAGGGAGAGGAGACGUUUGCCAUAUCUCUUCACCUCCUGAAACAUUAAACGGUAACUGCUAAAUGAGGGGGACGUUUUAUGUAACUUUUUAUUUUACUUUUUUGGAUAUCCCACAAAUUUUCUUUCAAU